UUUUAGUGAAUAAAAUACCACAAAUACUGCACUGACACAAUCGAUGUUAAAGACGAAUUCAGAAGUGCGGAAGUACUCUAGAGAGCCCAUUGCGUGCUUCACUGUGCGUCUGGAGGAAGAGGAGUGAUGUGCACAGGACAGUACUCUCACGGCGAGUGUUAGAGUACUCAAUUACAUUACUUCAUGUCUUAUUGGUUCAGGUGCGAGACCGAGACGAGGCUGGAGGUCAUGUCAGUCGCUGUGAAUGGAGAUCAGUGUAUACUUAUGUGAGAGUGGCAGCAGGCGGCCAGUGUCCACAGAGGAGGCUGCUGCCCCCCCUGAGCUGCGCCUGGUGCUGCCGGGCCGGACGGGCUCUGGGAAGAGCGCCUCGGGGAACACCCUGCUGGGCCGCAGGCACUUCGAGACGCGGCUGGGCGCCCGCCCCGUGACACGGGCCUGCGAGAGGGCCGAGGCGGAGCUGGGGGGCCGGAGACUGGUCGUGAUCGACACCCCCGACCUGCUGGACACCCGGGGCCACACGCCUUCCUGCUCUUCCUGCUCGUCACGCGCUUCUCCGACCAGGACGGGGGGGCGCUGGACACCCUGCGGAGGCUGUUCGGGGAGGCAGCAGUCCGGCACACCCUGGUGCCGUUCACCCGCGGAGAGGACCUGGAGGGGCAGGGUGUGGACUCCUUCCUGCACAGUGCCGACCCCGAGCUGCGCCAGCUGGUGAGGGAGUGUGGAGACCGGCACCACCUCUUCAGCAACAGGGACACCCCAGGAGACCGCUCCCAGGUCACAGAGCUGCUGGACAAGAUCGACGGGGUGGUGCAGGAGAGUGGAGGCUUCUACACCAGAGCAAUGAGUCAGGGAACACAGACCACGCAGGC